CGUUGAGAACGAGAACGAAUCGAUUUUCGUCCGUGUCUAUGUCACAGUCGAGAGACUUUUCUGUUAUGUGGAAUAGAAUUGUGACUAUAGCUUCGUGCGUCAUUUUCUCGUCUUGUUUAUGUUCAAGAACAAGUUUUGCGAGUGUGCGUCCAAACCCAUACGGUAGACAGAGCAUUGACGUUUCCAAGAUGCGAGCUGCCAGAACGAAACUGCCUUCGGAAACUGCGAAAGAGAAGAAAGAAAGAUUUUUGGAGAAGCCCUUGAUCAAACGCACCUUAAAAGCAGUACCUAUAGUUCUUGUGACAAGCGGUAUUGGAUACUUGGGAUACCAGGCAUAUCGUCUUUCGGAAAGGAGGAAAAUCGAAAAGUGGCAGCAAGUGCUUCAACGCCAGUUUCAAACCAAAGACGUGGAAGAGGCUAAUUCAACCUUAGAUGAGGCGGAGGUAGCUAUAGAGAAAAACUUGUCAAAGGAAGAUAGUAGAGAAAGGCGACUGGAUGAACUGUCACGAUUAGAGUUGUUCCAUAAGAGGGGUGAAAUGAAGGAUUUACAAGUUGACACUGUUGCCCCAGAGCUCACAAUGCAUAGCACCGAUCUGACACAAAGUUUGAUAUUAGAAUAUCUCAAAGGAGUUAUUGACGUCACUGAGUGGAACGAAAGGAUUGAAAGAUUAGGCCGAUCAAAAGAAGAAGUUGUUCAGAAGACAAGAGAGUUCUGCACAAGUUACCUCAAUGCCAUUUUGGACAAGUCCGCAAAGUUUUCAGAUACAAAUGACAAAACUCGAAUUGAAACCAUGCUAGUUCUUGUGGAUCAACUAGAGAAGCUGGAGACUUUUAGUAAUCAGUCGAGUAUUGCAUCCGAUUUGAGCGAUGAGCAUUGGCUCAAAUAUUCUGGCACUGCGAAUGAGAAGGAAGUAGAAGCAGCCUAUCGUUUAUUAGCCAUUCACUUCUUUUCGUCAGAGAGUAGGAUCAAAGAUGGAAUGGAAAAGUUGCCUUUUGUUCAAAGAUAUCUAAAGCUUAGUGACGAAAAAUUUCACAAUCUCAAUCAGGAAGUAGCCAAGGCUAUUUUUCAAGUGGCCGUGUCAAAUACUCUUUCAGAAGGGAAAUUGGACGACGAAUCUCGUGAAGCUUUGGAGACCCUGAAACGGAGCUUCACUAAAAUGAUCGACAAUGAAAGUGCGGAAAACAUAAUCUCCGAAGUGGGUUUAAUGAGAGUGAUGUACGCACUUCAACAGAUAUUAAAAGAGCAACAAUUUGGUGAUGAAGACAUUCAGAUGUUGAAGAGUAUGUGUGAACAACUCGGGGUUGAUCUAGAAAGUCUUUUGAAAACUGCGGAAGACAUGGGAGAUAAUAUGGGACCUCAGGUAAAGGAAUUUGUUCAUCAACUACGUUCGUUUCUCUCGAAAACUUCAAAAGAAUAACAAAGAUAAAAAAGGCUUUUCAUUA